UGAUUUUUAAAUAUUAAUUACUAAUAAACCUUAUGACGCAUAAUAUCUUAAUAUCUUAAUGUGCUUUAUCAAAUCUUUUUGAAAUUAAUUGUUGUACUAUAAUCAAAUCAAGAAGUGAUAAAAAGUUCAUUUAAUAAUUUCAUGUUUUCUGUUAACAAACAUUAAUGCAUGCUUUUUAAAAAGUGACUUUGUCUAACAGCUAAUAAACAUUUCUGUUUAUAAACAUAUAAUCAUACGUGUACUCACAUAUAUGUCUGCCCACAUAUAUUGACCUUCACACACUCUCAUUUACUUAUACUACUUGUUAACUACAAAACUAAAUAAUUGUGUAAAGAAAGAAGAAAACAAGAAAAAAAGAAAGAAAAAUCCUUUAUAACUACCAGUUAGCUGAGAAAAAGGGUUUUACUGAAUUUCAUUUCACAAUGCGCUGGUUCUCCAACUUACAGCUAUUAGUGGUGGAGUGUGGUGGUUUAUAGAUCUCAUAAAGAAAAUGUCUGAACUUCAGCCAUUAUUGCAAUCAGAUCGGCCAGAGGCAUCUGAAAUUCGCCCAGAAUUGAGAGCUGAACAAGAGGAGAAUACUUCGGAGAGUAUUUUGGAUAUUAAAAAUGACGAAGGAACAGAUAAUGAUGCAGCAGUACAAAGUUCACAACAACCGGAAUACAAUCCCUCUAUGCAUCGGACAUUGGAUCAUCCAACAUCUAAUGUGGAUACUAUGAUACAUUUACUAAAAGGGAACAUUGGUACUGGUAUUUUGGCUAUGCCAGAUGCAUUUAGAAAUGCGGGUCUAUAUGUCGGAUUAUUUGGAACAUUAAUCUUAGGUGCUAUUUGCACGCAUUGCAUGCAUAUGUUGGUGCGGUGCUCUCAUGAACUUUGCCAAAGACUACAACAACCAGCGCUUAAUUUUCCAGAAGUAGGUUAUUGGUCAUUUGAGACAGGGCCAGCUGCUUUGAGGCGUUAUUCCAUAAUUGCGAGGCGAAUGAUAACAACUUUUCUAUUUAUUACACAAAUGGGCUUUUGCUGCGUUUAUUUCUUGUUCGUGGCAUUGAAUGUUAAAGAAGUUAUAGAUCAUUACUUUGCAAAAUUGGAUGUUCGCCUAUAUUUAUUCAUUUUAUUGGGCCCCAUGAUAUUGAUCAAUUUGUUAAGAAAUCUGAAAUAUUUGGCUCCCGUCUCUUUCUUUGCCGCGAUACUUACGGUGACCGGUCUCUCAAUAUCUUUCUUUUAUAUGCUACAAAAUUUACCGCGCACCGACACUGUUAAACCGGUAGGAUCGUGGGCAACUUUACCUUUGUACUUCGGCACAGCAAUUUACGCAUUUGAAGGCAUUGGCGUUGUACUGCCCUUGGAAAACAAUAUGAAAUCACCUCAGGACUUUGGCGGUAUAACUGGAGUACUCAAUACCGGAAUGGUUAUUGUCGCUUGCUUAUAUACCUCAGUUGGAUUUUUCGGCUACUUAAAGUACGGCGAGAACGUUAAGGGAAGCAUAACACUAAAUUUACCGCAGGAUCAUAUUCUCUCUCAACUUGUUCGUAUUGCUAUGGCGAUUGCGAUAUUUUUAUCUUAUCCAUUGCAAUUCUAUGUGCCCAUGAAUAUUGUAGAACCAGUUGUAGUUAAUCACUUUGAAACAAACCGAGCCCAGUAUUUGGCUAACACAGCUUUACGUAUUGUUUUGAUUACAUUCACAUUUAUUUUAGCUGCAUGUAUACCAAAUUUAGGACCAAUUAUUUCACUUGUUGGUGCUAUUAGUAGUUCUGCUUUGGCUCUUAUCGCUCCUCCUAUUAUUGAAAUUAUUACUUUCUGGGCUGCGGGAUAUGGGCGUUAUAAUUGGAUUUUAUGGAAAGAUUUUGCAAUAUUAAUGUUUGGCAUUAGCGGAUUCGUAUUUGGCACAUAUGCAAGUACCGCACAAAUUUUAUAUCCUAGUAUUAAUUAAAUGUAAAAGGCAAACUAUAUAUUACAUCUCAUCCUACCUACCUACCGAAUUCGUAUAAGCUGUAAAGUUAAAUCGUUACAAAUGCGAUAAGCAAAAUUUUACAUAAUCCCAAAGUGAAAAGAUGGUAAGACUUUAAUGGUUAAGAACUCAAAAGAAUUAAUUUUCAUGUUAGAUCUAAAGGAAGGAAGGUCACAAUAACCACUAAAAAUCUAUAAAUUGACUUAGAACAAUAAUGAUACAAACAAGCUGGUGCAAAACAACCAGAGUUAUAUAUAU